AUGGACUAUUCCCUGCAGAACCACGCUUCCUACAUCGGCCGUCCGGUCUCCGAACUUCCUACCCCAGCACUCAUCCUGAGUAAACCCGUGCUGGAGCGGAACACCCAGAUCCUAUUGGAGGAUGUGAAAAGGCUGGGAAUUGCGUUUCGGCCUCAUGUCAAGACACUAAAGGUGCCUAUUUCCUCCGAUAUGAACCGCAUAUACUGCGCAGAAGUCACCCGCAUGAUGCUGGGUGACGUCCACCGUCGAAUCGUCGCAUCAACCCUAGCCGAGAUCAGGGGCUCAUUGGAUCUCGUGAAAGAAGGCAAACUAGACGAACGAACUAAAACCACAAAGUGUCUCUACGGCCUCCCCAUCUCAGCCAGCGCCCUCCCCUUCCUCGACACCCUAACCAAAUCCCUAAAGAUCAUCCUCAUGGUCGACAGCGAGCAGCAAAUAGAUCUGCUAGAAUCCCACGCUUCAAAAUCCCACUCCUCGGCUUGGCCGGUCUUCAUCAAAAUCGACAUCGGUUCUCAGCGCGCAGGACUAGCCACUGACUCACCCUCGCUGCCGAAACUCAUCCAGCGCAUCGAGUCAUCUUCUGCAGCAAGCGUCUACGGCUUCUAUUGCCACGCUGGACACUCAUAUGCAUGUCGCAGCGAGGAUGCCGCCGCCGCCGUGCUGCAGAGCGAAGUCGAGGGUGUAGUGCAAGCAGCCAAGUUCCUGGUAGAUGGAUACGAGAGACAGAUCGUCGUAUCAGUUGGAUCAACUCCCACAGCGCACGUGGUCAAGCGAUUAAAGGGCGCAUUACCCGCAGGAAUGGAACUGGAGUUACAUGCCGGAAACUACCCCACCAACGAUCUGCAGCAAGUAUCAACCUCGCUAGUUGAGCCGACACAGCAAGCUGUGCGCAUCCUCGCGGAUGUCUGCAGUGUGUAUCCAGAGCGCAAUGAGGCGCUGAUCAAUGCGGGGACUAUUGCGCUGUCGAAGGAGACGGGUGAGUUUCCCGGGUUUGGGACUGUGGUUGAUCGGCCCCAGUGGAGUGUUGUGCGGAUGUCGCAGGAGCAUGGGAUUCUGGGGUGGAUGGAGUCUGACCAGACGAGGAGAGUUGUUGCGAGGAUGGGGUCGAAGUCGGAGGAGGGGGAGAAGGUGGAGGAUGCGUUUGUCGUUGGAGAUAAGGUUAUGUUGUAUAUUCAGCAUGCUUGUAUUACGGCUGCUAUGCAUUUUGCUUACUAUGUUGUUGAUGAGCAGGAUAUUGUGAGGGAGACGUGGGUUCCUUGGAAGGGGUGGUGA